AUGCGAUUCAACACAAGUCCUAGGCUGAGGCUUCUCUGUACCCUCUGCAUCUUUGAGGCGGUCAAAGCCAGCGAAUCGUGCCCAGAUUACGGCGACAUCAGACAACCCUCCGUGGACCCCACGGUCUUCAAUAUCAGCGACUUCGCUGGCACGUGGUAUAUGGUUGCCACUACCGAGCCCACAUUGCCUGCUUUCUGCACUUGCACACGCAACGAGGUGAGCGUUCACCUGCCCGAGGGGUGGUAUGCCUACACCGCCCACACGGUGUGCGAAGGAAAGUUCCCGAUAUCUGUGCCUUUGAAGGGAAAGCUGUCGGAAGAUCCCAGGAGUCCUGGGCUACUACAUGAGAACUUCGGCCUCUUCAACCACACGAUGCCCAGCCUUGACCCCAACAUGAUUUUCGAGGCGAGGUACGACGAGCAAGGGAGGAUGCAGCUAGCCAUCACGUAUGCCUGCCUGGGCCGCAUGCUGCCUCUCCCUCCGCUUGGUCAGCCAAAGUUCUCCUUCAACAUCCUAUCGAGGACGACGGCUUGGACCAAGAAGGAGCUUCAAGAUCUCGUCGCCAAUGUUACCAGCGCCACCAGGGGCCUUCUCGACACCAGUAAGAUUCGGUUUGCGGACCAGGCGGUGUAUGACAGCUGCUCUCAAGCCAUCAUCGUGUGA